UCUUGUACCUGCAUAGUAUUCUGGGAACUCGGGCAGUGAAGUUGAGUUGGAGAUUGGAAAAAAAGAGCGAGGACUGUGCGUCCAUAUUGCGCAGAGACAAAAGAGAGUCGAGUGUGUGGACUUUACAGGAAAAAAAAAAAAGCAUAAAGAUCCAUUAAGACCAAGGUUCGGUUGAAUAUAAGAGGACAUUCUUCAAUCCACGAGGUUUUGCAGCAGUUUUGAGUUCUUUCAAGCUGUUUGCACAUCACCCAAAGACUACAAAGAUACAAGGAGAGAAGGCGAUUCAAGACUCAAAGCACAAACACGCCGAAGACAAAACAACAAAACAUUUCAGGGAAUCCCAGCAUAAGUCAAGUUCUUUUUGGAGAUUCCCUGCAGAAUAUAAAUAUUUGAAAGAACUUGAAGUAGCCUGCAGCAUUUGAAAAACGUGUAUUUCCAUAUUAAUCCAAGUGAAUUCUGAGGGCCAUUUUUGAAAACAAGCCCAUUUGAAUGUAAAAAAAAAAAAAAGAAAGAAAGAACAUUAAGAAAACAGCACUUGGCUCUUAGGGUGAGACAAGCGGUACUACUAACCCAAGAGCUACUAAAGAACUUUGAGCUUUCAACAAAAUAAUUGUAAAUUACAUAAAAAUUCAGGGAAGUCCGUUUGAGGCAUAGACAAGGAGUCCUGUGUUAAGUUUGCUUUAGCAAGUAUUAAACCGGACGUGAACUCCAGAGCAAUCACUCUCGUAUAGAUUUUUAUAUUGUGAGUGAGGACAUAAUUAUUUAUUCAUAUAAAUAAUAUUUUCUCUUCUUUUAGGAGAGCUGUCAUAUAGAUGUAUAUGUAAACAAAUUUGUUAUACGUCAGACACUCUUCUUUUCAAGAGUUCUCUGCGUACAAGUCUGUGUGAACUGUCAAUCACACAAGGCCAAACUCAAAGUUCUAUAAACAGCAGAACUGUUUACAUCAAAGGGCAUUUUUAACAAAAAGUGUAUUUGGAAAGCAAGUCAGAAAGUUUGAAAAACAAACAAAAGAAAAACAUAAAGAUUUGAAUAUUGAGGAGAAACUCUUGAAGCCAUGGCUACUGCGAGAACAGAGAACCCAACCUCUGUCAUGGGACUGGGCAAACCAAACGGGCAGCUCAGGGGACCACCCAAGCCUGCUGGAUUUCAGUCUCUCCCCCUGUCUUCGGCCACACUGCAAACCAAGGCAUCCAGUGGGUCUCAAGUUGGAAGCACCGUAUCCCAAACCAGUGAUGGUAUUCGGUUUGGAGAUGACUGGAAGAAGUGCCUGCAGCUACCACCAAAAGACUGCAGAAUGCGAACCUCAGAUGUGACCUCUACGAAGGGGAAUGAGUUUGAAGACUACUGCCUGAAGCGUGAGUUGCUGAUGGGCAUCUUUGAGAUGGGCUGGGAAAAGCCCUCUCCCAUUCAGGAGGAGAGUAUUCCUAUCGCUCUGUCUGGCAGGGACAUCCUUGCCCGGGCCAAGAAUGGCACAGGGAAGAGUGGCGCCUACCUCAUCCCCCUACUGGAGAGGAUAGACCUGAAGAAGGACCACAUCCAGGCCAUGGUGCUGGUGCCCACUCGUGAGCUGGCCCUGCAGGUCAGCCAAAUCAGUAUCCAGAUCAGCAAACACAUGGGUGGGGUGAAGGUCAUGGCUACCACCGGAGGCACCAACCUAAGGGAUGACAUCAUGCGCCUGGAUGAGACAGUUCAUGUCGUGAUAGCCACUCCAGGCAGGAUCCUGGACCUCAUCAAAAAAGGUGUGGCCAAAGUGGACAGAGUCCAAAUAUUGGUGAUGGAUGAGGCAGAUAAACUCCUGUCCCAGGACUUUGUGGUGCUCAUCGAGGAAAUCAUAAGCUUCACGGCCAAGCACCGGCAGAUCCUGCUUUAUUCUGCCACUUUCCCCGUCACGGUGCAGAAAUUCAUGUCCAAACAUCUGCAGAAGCCCUAUGAGAUCAACCUGAUGGACGAGCUUACUUUGAAGGGCAUUACCCAGUAUUAUGCCUAUGUCACUGAAAGGCAGAAAGUGCACUGUCUGAACACACUCUUCUCCAGGCUGCAGAUCAAUCAGUCCAUCAUCUUUUGUAACUCCACCCAGAGGGUGGAGCUCCUGGCCAAGAAGAUCACCCAACUGGGCUACUCCUGCUUCUACAUCCACGCUAAGAUGAUGCAGGAGUACAGAAACCGUGUGUUCCAUGACUUCAGGAACGGGCUGUGCAGGAACCUGGUCUGCACAGAUCUGUUCACCAGGGGAAUUGAUAUCCAGUCUGUCAAUGUAGUGAUCAACUUUGACUUCCCCAAAAAUGCAGAAACAUACCUGCAUCGCAUCGGCAGAUCAGGCCGAUAUGGUCACUUGGGCCUGGCCAUCAACCUGAUCACGUCAGAGGAUCGCUUCAACCUCAAAGGCAUCGAAGACCAGCUGGUUACUGACAUCAAGCCCAUUCCGGGCACCAUCGAUAAGAGCCUCUACGUCGCGGAGUUCCACUCCUUGGACCCAGACGCCGAGGAGAUCGAGAGGGAGGCCCCACGCAAAUCAGGGGAGCCCAACGCGCGUUAAGGUGUUUCUGCAUCUCUGUGUCUUUAUACGCGCGUUAAGGUGAUUUUCAAGGAGGUGGCUGGCAUUUGCGGUGAAGUGUACUACACAGCAAUGUCUGUUUUAGAUUUUUGUUGUCCCCAAAACAACAUAUUUUUUUUUUCCCCUUGAAAACUUUGGCACAGUAUAUUUUACUUUGUUAGUACAUUCAACAAAAAAAAAAUCAGCUCGUCAGAUCCACAUGCAGCAUCCUAUGAAUCAAUGCUAGAGUGCUACCAGUGAUUUGUGUCGGUUUUAAAGUCACUCGUUUUCUCUGUCAAAUUGACCUUGUCUGAUGUAGGUCACAUUUUAAACCAAUACUCUACUCAUCAAAACAUUUUCCACUUGACUAAAUCUGCAUUUUUGUCUUGACUGUAAUCGUCUGCUUUUCUUUCUUUUCUUUUUUUUUUAUUAGCUUUUUCUAUGUCUGUGUGGGAGUGCAGGUGCACACAGGUACAAAUGUUCACCAAAGCUUGAAGCGUGAAAGAUCCACAUUUGUGAGAUCAUUUAGGCCUUGGCCACACCGUUUCUCUUACAAAUGGUCUAGUUUUAUAGUCCAUUUGUCAAGGCAAAAAAAUAAAUCUCAAGUUUGGAUAUAUUAACAAUGAUCUGAAUUUUGCUCCCUAGAGAGAGAAACUGAGAAACUGCAUUGGUUAAUGAAGCACUGCCACACAGCCAUCUCCUCCUCUAUCACUUGCAACACUCUUCUCUCAAGUGCCUUAAUAGCUGCUCAUCCUCUUCUCCCCACAUCAGCCCUAAGCUAGUUGAUGGAGUGAUCUUUAAGACAAAUGCCCGGAUGAAGAUUAACACUUGUCUUUUUGCUGUCGAAAGUAUACUGCAUUCUGAAAUGAAUUGAAGCAUUCUGCUUGGGAGAGGGCCGAAAUAUCUGGGCAAUGUCUUUGUUCCUGCAAAGCCUGCUAGCGGUUUUAAGAAGCACAUGGUCAUUUUGACAGAGGAGUGUGGAAUCUUAAAACGGGUGACUUUUCCUGACCAAAUGGGCUGCUUUCAAUUAUAUGAAAAAAUGGAUGCUGAAUGCAAAAUGCGUUUGAAUAUAAUUUUGAUAGAAGCACAAAAUGAAACAUGUUCAUCUUCAUCAAUGUGAUCAUUUUUGGCUUGAUAUGCUUUCAUUAUUGCUUUGUGCCAAAGUGUAGUAGUUCUGGUAAAACGUGAAGCAUUUCCAUGUGGAAUAUGACCCCUCUUCAAAACCAGGAGUGUUGAAAAUGGACAAUGACAAGUUCAUGUACCAGUGGCCGCCUGUAACUCCUUCACCCUAUGGAAAAGAAAUAAAAGUUCAGCUUAUUUCCCUA